AUGGCUGCCGUCGAUGAUGCCGUCGCUUUAUAUCAACGCAAAUACCCUCGCAAAGAAGCCGGCAACCGAUCGUCUUUUGCUAGCUUUGGAAUGCCUGUACGAGAUAUUGACGGGAAAAAAUUCACGACGCCCAAGGCUGGACGCAAGAAGGGAAAAUCCUUUUCAGACCGCGAGGAGAAAGAUCUACGCUCUACGUUUAAAGAGUUGGCCAGGCUAUACGGCGAAGAUAACGCUCUCCAAAUGGUGAAGGACCUUACUAUUGUGCUGGCUUUCAAACGAAACUACUUUGCACCAUCUCUCGAAGCAUUCUCGGAAGUUUUUGGGGAAGAAGAAUCCAAGGCUAUGGUGCAGCAAAACCCUGGAUUGUUGGCCUUACCACCAUCGGGCGCUGGCGGAGCGGACAGUGUGACGGACCAGACAAUGCAAUUCUCAUACCUUGUGGGAUAUACUCGACCGUUUGGUCCUUUUCUUUUGUAUGGCUUACUAUUUCUAUUGUUCGACCCCUUUCUUGAGUAUUUGACCGGCAUCCCCAUCAAGACGACGAUCACAUCGGCUCUCGGCUUGUAG